AUGCUGCUGUUGCUCUGGCUCUGGCUCUGGUCUUUCACCCGGCUCUUCCCAAACAGCUUCAGCACAGCUUUCAGCAUCCUGUUCUUGCUGCUACUCUUCUCACCGCCACCACUGUCAACACCUCCCACUGUCAACACCUCCCACUGUCAACACCUCCCACUGUCAACACCUCCCACUGUCAACACCUCCCACUGUCAACACCUCCCACUGUCAACACCUCCCACUGUCAACACCUCCCACUGUCAACACCUCCCACUGUCAACACCUCCCACUGUCAACACCUCCCACUGUCAACACCUCCCACUGUCAACACCUCCCACUGUCAACACCUCCCACUGUCAACACCUCCCACUGUCAACACCUCCCACUGUCAACACCUCCCACUGUCAACACCUCCCACUGUCAACACCUCCCACUGUCAACACCUCCCACUGUCAACACCUCCCACUGUCAACACCUCCCACUGUCAACACCUCCCACUGUCAACACCUCCCACUGUCAACACCUCCCACUGUCAACACCUCCCACUGUCAACACCUCCCACUGUCAACACCUCCCACUGUCAACACCUCCCACUGUCAACACCUCCCACUGUCAACACCUCCCACUGUCAACACCUCCCACUGUCAACACCUCCCACUGUCAACACCUCCCACUGUCAACACCUCCCACUGUCAACACCUCCCACUGUCAACACCUCCCACUGUCAACACCUCCCACUGUCAACACCUCCCACUGUCAACACCUCCCACUGUCAACACCUCCCACUGUCAACACCUCCCACUGUCAACACCUCCCACUGUCAACACCUCCCACUGUCAACACCUCCCACUGUCAACACCUCCCACUGUCAACACCUCCCACUGUCAACACCUCCCACUGUCAACACCUCCCACUGUCAACACCUCCCACUGUCAACACCUCCCACUGUCAACACCUCCCACUGUCAACACCUCCCACUGUCAACACCUCCCACUGUCAACACCUCCCACUGUCAACACCUCCCACUGUCAACACCUCCCACUGUCAACACCUCCCACUGUCAACACCUCCCACUGUCAACACCUCCCACUGUCAACACCUCCCACUGUCAACACCUCCCACUGUCAACACCUCCCACUGUCAACACCUCCCACUGUCAACACCUCCCACUGUCAACACCUCCCACUGUCAACACCUCCCACUGUCAACACCUCCCACUGUCAACACCUCCCACUGUCAACACCUCCCACUGUCAACACCUCCCACUGUCAACACCUCCCACUGUCAACACCUCCCACUGUCAACACCUCCCACUGUCAACACCUCCCACUGUCAACACCUCCCACUGUCAACACCUCCCACUGUCAACACCUCCCACUGUCAACACCUCCCACUGUCAACACCUCCCACUGUCAACACCUCCCACUGUCAACACCUCCCACUGUCAACACCUCCCACUGUCAACACCUCCCACUGUCAACACCUCCCACUGUCAACACCUCCCACUGUCAACACCUCCCACUGUCAACACCUCCCACUGUCUGCAUUGGUGACCCGCAGCUGCAGCGUGUUGGCCGUUCUGGGCAUGUUGGGCGGGUUGGGUGUUUUAAGCGGGCUGGGUGUUUUGGGCGCGUUGGGUGUUUUGGGCUGCCCGAUGCGUCCCUUUGA